AUGCCUGUCUAUGCCCUUGACCAUUUUUACUUGCUUGUGUCUCUCCUGGUGACUGUCGCAUACCAGUUGACUGGUUUCGCCAUCGCCUACACUCUUCAAUUCGACAAGAUAACAGAUUUAACCGGAGGCUCCAAUUUCUUCAUACUAGCAUUGCUUGUCUUACUACUCGGUGGGACCUACCAAACGCGAAACAUCAUCGCAAGCGUCUUUGUGCUUGUAUGGGCCGUCCGCAUCGCCUCUUUCCUUUUCUACCGUGUACUCAAGACGGGGCAUGAUGGGAGAUUCGACGACAUCCGCAAGUCUUUCUUCAAGUUUCUUGCUUUCUGGAUAGCACAAAUUCUUUGGGUCUGGACGGUCUCGCUACCAGUCAUCAUCCUGAACGCGCCGGCUGUGUCGGACGUCGCUCAUGGUGGCUCCAGUCCUAAGUUUGGGACCGCAAGGGACAUCGUUGGUGUCGUGAUGUGGACAUUAGGAUUUCUCGUCGAGACUAUCGCAGAUGCGCAAAAGUUUCGCUACAAAUCAUCUCCAAGUACUUCGAAAGACAAACCCAUAAAUGCUGCACAGGCCUCUGGGCAUGGUCACGCAACCCUCAAUAUUUUGGCGACGUGUUUACAGGAUGAUAUGCUGGUGGGGCAUUUGGAUACUGUGCUUAUCGCCAACCACCAACGGCUCGCUACCAGCGCGAUCACGUGCUGCACAAUACGCGUCAAUUCUUUCACCGAUCUUCACCGUUGUGUGCGUUCGCCUUCGUUGUUUGUUGCGCGAUGUGACCGUGGUUGCAGUAUCCUCAUGUUCGGCUCGGGUAUGCCGACAUCGACCAAACCACAGGCAAAGAGAUAUUACCUCAAGAGCUAUGGACCAGAAGCCAAGCCAGAGAAUUCCACCAUCUGGGCCGAAUACAAGGAGUACCUCCAAAGAACGUCCAUAUUGAUUCCUCUCCCUCCUGUGAUAUACGCGCCAUUACCCGCAUUCAUAAAACGGACUCUACUCUUUGAGUUUCCGAUGUAUCAGUUUGACGAGGCAACGGAUGGGGAAGCGGCUGUGACAGAGGCGAAACAAAACCUUAUCUAG